AUGUCGGCCGCAGCCUUUUCGUACGCGCAAGCCGCGAGAGGCCGAACGGCUUCGCAGCCGAGUCCCCAAGAGACAUCGAGUCCUGCCCCUUCGACAACCGGCUCCCAGGGCAAAGAUGACGCCUCUACUGGCGCCACUUCCGUAACAGCGCCGUCGGUUACGUCGACUAGCCCGGAAAUCCGGGAUGCAGAGCAAACAGCCCAGACUCUGGCCGAGAGUGGAUUGUCAAAGCAAGAUCCGGAAGCCGCCUCCGUUGCCGACUCCAGUUUCUCGACAGCAUCCGUCACGGAGCAACCUGACAAUAUGGCCGACGAGGCAAGCACAAAAUCGAUCGAUGCCCAGGCCACGCCUCAGAGUCAGAGCGAGGAUAAGGCCUCUCGCUCUGCCAGCAGGACCUCCCGGGCUAAUGACGGCGCGGAGGGUAGGAAGAGCCGGAAGGGCAAGAAGGGUCGCCCCAGCGACAAGGAAGCACCGAGCGACCAAAAUCAGGAAGAGGAUGCCGAGAAGGUGAAAGAGCCUUCUAAGCCCGUUGUCCUCACGGAGGCACCCCUUCCUGCCGUCAACCCCUGGGCAAAGCGCAUGGAGGCCCAGAAGGUAGUCCAAGUCAAGGGCUCGGAUGCCCCCGCGGCCGACGGCGAGUCGAAGCCAAACCCGUCACAGGAAGAAGCCGGCCCGCGCAGCGCCGUGUCCAGUGGCAUCAACGGAGACAAGUGGCCACAGAAGAAGUCAGCUGAGGUAUUGCGCCCUGCUGACCAAGCACCGCGCCGAAGCGGUCCCCGCGGCAGCCGUGCCGGUGACAAGGACGAAAAGAGCCCAGCCGCACUCCCCCCAACUGCGGACCCCACGUCAUGGCCAGAUCCCAAGUCUGCUGCGGAGCGAGAGCAGCCCGCUCGCAAGUCGCAAGAAAAAGUUGACACAGCCGCCGAGAAGGAGAAUUUGGAUGAAGCUGGCCCGACCCGCAAAAAGACGUGGGAAAAGCUCGAGAUUGUACAUUCGGUGGUUUUUGAGACUCAGCUACCGCCGCUUCGUGGAUCCAAACCCCGUGGCGGCGCGGCCCGAGGCGGCCGUGAGGCAGGUUCAAUGAGGGGCAGCCACCCCGCUAGUGCCGCCGCCGUCUCCCAAACCGCCACCGGCUCUGUGAGUGACAAGGCACCUUCUCCCGGGGGAUCCACGGGCCCCAAACCUGCCACCACUCGCCCCCGCGAGGGAAGCAUCCCUUCGCGCGCCGCGCCUCUAUCGAAACGCGCCUCGAUCGAUGUGGCUUCGCGAGACCAGCGCAAGCCGGCCGUGUCUAGCAACGCAACAGACCAGGCUCGUGAUACCAACAUCGAUGCCUCAUCGUCGUCCAAGCGAGCGAGUGCUACAAGGGACAUCCGCCUGGAAAAUGAUUCCUUGACCUCCGAGAAUGGUCAGCCCGCAGCCCGGGCCAUGCUGCAAGACCGUACAAAUUACCAGGUCAGGGGCGAAUACGCCAAAGAUGGCCAGCAGUACCCACGGGACGGCCGGCCGGAACGCGGCCGCGGGGGGUUCCGUGUCCGCGGUGGGCACAAUAACUCGUCGUCGCACAUUGCUUCGGCGUCGUACCCUACCAAUGGCCACUAUCCGGCGACCAACGGUUUCCAAUCCCGGCAGAAUCCCAGCGCCCAUAGCCCCCCCGCCCUUCUCAAAUCAUCGGCCGGACGCAAUGGCGCCGGUUCCACGGGGUACCCGCCCAAGGUCGCCCAGACGAACGACUUUGCGGUUGGUCAGUACUCCCCGUACAUGUAUUCGCCGGUUUUCGAUGCCUCGGUGCCCAUCCUGAAGACCCAGGUUGAGUACUAUCUCUCUGUGGAAAACCUCUGCAAGGAUUACUAUCUUCGCCAGCACAUGGACGGGCAGGGUUUCGUUCACCUCGCCACCAUCGCGGCCUUCAAGCGCAUCAAGGCGGUGACCGAAGAGGUGGAGUUGCUUCGCCUGGCUUGCUCCCUCUCCGAUCAGAUUGAAUUUGGCGUUGGUGAUGAUGGCAUCGAGCGACUGCGAACUCGCGACAAGUGGCAACACUUCAUUUUGCCUGCCACCGAACGGGCUGAACCUUACCGCAAUGAUGGCCCAGCGCACUGGACUCCCUAUGCGAAGCCCGACCCUCAAUUUGCCACCCACUUUCCGGGCCCGAUGGUCCCUCAGCCGUAUCCUCCUGCCACCGCUGCCGGCGGCUACCCCGCGUUUGCCGAGGAUCAGAUGUACCAACCGUCCUUUGUCAACGGGGCCGCCUACGAUCCUUCGGUCAAUGGCGCGCUGAACGGCCAUCAACAUAGCCAUGAUACCCGGUUGUCUGCUGGUGUCCCCGAAUAUGCACCGCCCCAGUCUCCCGUUACAUUGGAGAGUAUGACAAAUUUUCCGGACUCUCAGGUGGAAAACCUGAUGGUGGUUCUGGACUACGACGACAAGGGUGACGCAGGCUCGUCCGGUGCUGCCGGCGUGGCCGGUUAUGUUUCGGACAGCCGCCUGGCCACAACUUCAUCUCAAUAUUCAACUGGAGAAGCAGAAGCUAGCUCUGCCAACGCUGAGGCGGAUCGGGCCGAACGCGGGAUCGUUUGGGUCGAUGAACAGGCAUCUGUCCCCACCAAGGAGCAGAGAGACCGAAAACCGUACACCGAGAUCCGCAAGGUGGCCCUCGAGCAGCGGCAGAGCAUCAAAGCGGCCGAGACGCCGAAGGAGAUGCAGAAGCUCUACAAGUUCUGGUCGCAAAUGCUUCUCAACGACUUCAAUGCCAAGGUCUAUGAGGAGUUUAGAGGCCUCGCUUUCGAAGACGCGUUGCAGGAAGCUCCUUCGACAUGUGGGCUGAAGUCCCUGCUCGAGUUCUACGACAAGCUUCUUCUCAACACAAACACUCGAAAGCCUUGGCCCCAAGACCGAGCGGUGCCUGAGAUCUUCACGGCUCACAUGAACGAGGCUAUCGAGUUGGACAGCAAGCUGAGCGGGAAGGACGCGCCCGCGGCCUGA